UUUUUCUCAAAUAAUUAAGCAAAUAAAAUUAAAGGAGCUUCAAAUUUAUAAUUCAAUCGAGCCAAAAUAAUUUGAGUUAAAUUAUUUGAUGAAUACUGUCGCUCGGCGGAUGAAAAAAGUAAAAUAAAAGUAAGGCCAAUUGCCCAAUUGACGGUAGGCAGAUAGAUUAUUAAGUUGUAUUUUUGUUCGUCCUUGUCGAGCGACGAAGCUUCGCUUGUAUUGCUUAUGAUGCGUCGCUCUGCAUCUAAGAAAGCCGGUCAGCCCAAUUCAACCAAUUCCAUUAACUUUUCUCCCUCCGAUCUCUUUCGCACCGCUUCAAGUAGGGCAUCUUCAAAAGAGAUGGAACGGAUUGACAACCUGUUUCAUUCUUAUGCCAAUAGGUCUCUCGGUAUGAUUGACCCAGAAGGGAUUGAAACUUUAUGUUCUGAUAUGGAAGUUGAUCACACAGAUGUUAGGAUCUUGAUGCUUGCUUGGAAAAUGAAAGCAGAAAAACAAGGAUACUUCACCUUGGAGGAAUGGCGAAGAGGAAUGAAAGCGCUGAGAGCUGACACUGUAAGUAAAUUAAGGAAGGCCCUGCCAGAGCUAGAGAAAGAGGUCAAGAGACCAUCAAACUUUGAGGAUUUCUAUUCCUAUUCAUUCUGCUAUUGCCUGACAGAGGAGAAACAAAAGAGUAUAGAUAUAGAGAGUAUAUGUCAAUUGCUGGAUCUUGUUUUAGGAUCCCAUUUCCGAGCGCAAGUUGACUAUUUUAUUGAGUAUUUGAAGAUUCAGAGUGAUUAUAAGGUCAUAAACAUGGAUCAAUGGAUGGGUUUUUUUCGGUUCUGCAAUGAGAUAAGUUUCCCGGACUUCAGUAAUUAUAAUCCGGACCUUGCUUGGCCAUUGAUCCUGGAUAAUUUCGUAGAGUGGAUGCAGUCGAAGCAGACCUGAAAUUAUUUGGUUUGGUCAACUUCUCAGCUGUAACCUCCAUCUAUCUAUAUAAAGGCUGGUGCUUUAUAGUUUAAACUCCCCCUUUUCUUUGCUCCCUUUUUCUAGAGCCUUAUGUAGUUUUCCCGAUAGGGCAUAAAUUAGUCAACUUGAAAGAUUUUCCAAGCACACCAUUCUUUAAUCAAAACUGUUGUGAAUAAUUUGUUGUCAGGAAUGUUUGUAUUGCGGAUUUUUUUUUUUUUGAAAACAUGGAAGUCUUAUUCAAAACCAACCUUCCAAAAUUACCUCUUGUUACAAAUAUAUUGGGGAGUCUCAAUAUAUUGAAUUGUAGCACCCAUCAGUAAUACUUCUAAACUGUGGUCUAACUAGAUUUAUUAUGGUAAAA